AUGCGGGCUCACGGAAGCUGGCGUCCGCGUCCAAUCCACCUGAGCUUGGACAGCUGCCGCGCGACGGUCACGGGCCCAACGGAUCUGUUGAGCCUUGUCCUGGAGCGGUUGCCGUGGUCGACCCACCCGAGCUUCGGUGCCGCGUGCAGGAAUUGGCGCUCCGUGGUGGCGCCCUUCUACCCGGCCUGGGUGACCCCGGUUCUUCUCAGCGCCGCAGACGUCGGCUCCACCAACCUACGCUUCUACAGCCCUUAUUACCACAAGAACUUCGAGGUCUCCCGCACCCUGGAGGCACCAGGCGCCAAGUUCUGCUGCGCCGCCGGGCGCCACCUGACGCUGUGCCAGCGGUCCAAGGUACUGGAAGCCGACCUCGUCACCGGCGAUGUCCACGAGCUGCCGCCGUCCAUAUACGGAUGGUUCCACUUCGUCGUCUACGACGGCGGCGCGGAGCCGGAGAGGAUGUUCGGCGUCCACACGAUUGGCCAUCCCCGGACCGCCCUCACCGUCAAGGACGACGACGGCGAGUGGGACGACUGGGACUACGCGCUCGUGCCUGACUCCGGGUUCAUGGAAGCGUCGCCCAACACCAACCCGAUUCUCCAUGGUGGCUCGCUCUACGUGUUGUUUGAUGACGGGAAGCUGGCAGUGUACGACGAGUCCCUGCACUGCGACGACGACGGCUUCUUCAAAAUUCUUGACAAGCCCUCCAGCUUCGGGAUCCACAAGUGUGACGAGGAGCCGGAGGACAAGUAUAUUUGUUCGAGUCCGACGACGGCGAGCUCAUGGCCAUACUCAUCGGCCGCCGCGGGACACCGACUCUACCAGUGGCCGGACACUGUCCAUGUUGAUAUUGUUGAUCGCCACGGCGAGCUAGCUUUCGUACCGACCUCUACUGGAGCCGGAGGGGACACAAAGUCCGCCAAAGAUGGCGCCAACAUCUGGUCUCAUCAGCAUCAUCAACUAGGGUCAGAAGAAUCGACAGAGUUCUGGGACACAGAAAAGCUGGAUUAUAGCAUUUGGGUUGAUUUUAAUAUACAUAUUAAGAAGUAG